AUGGCCGGAUACGGCACCGCAGGCAUGGGUGUGCUGUAUGACCCGUUGUGUGCCGCCGUAGCAAGGGGGCCUCGUGCUCGCUCGCCUCGCCCGACACACGCGCCAGACUCGCCGCCUGUUACGGUGGCUGGGCCGUUCAAGCACAUGUUGCCGGAUGCUGGCCCUGCUGGUAGCAGAAGCGCGGGUGGGAGCAAAAGCGCCGCAGCUGUGCGUGACUCGACGUCGUCCAGCAGAUCCCAGGUCUCGGGCAAGGGCAAAGUCAGAUUGGCGUCGAAGAAGAAACCAAAGCCAGACAAGGGCAAGAGCCCGUUGUCGCAUCGCGGGUCGGAGAAGAGCAGACGUGACGCGACGAGGCCGCGUUGGUCGUUUAAUGUGGCCCGGGCGCUGGUGGCGUGUACCACGCCGCAGCUGGAGCCUGUGCGGGCGCACGCGCUCCUUGCCGAAGCCGUGCCGCUUCUUUCGGUCCCGAUGUUUGUGUACUCGUCGGCCGAGGCCGCACGCAACGGGCGCAAGUCGCUGCUCGCGCUGUGGGAGUGGUUGCUGACGCCGGCAGGCGAGGCCGUGGCCACAAAGUCUGCCGCGCGGUCCGAAUCCAUUGGCGAGAACACUCGGUUCACGGCGCUUGCGAGUCUUAUGCACCGCGGCGAGUGGUCGCUCAAAACGCUGCAGUUCUCCAAGACGCUGCGGCCCAUGGCGUCCAAGAUCGACAUCGCCCUGGCGGUUCGCUACCGCGACGCACUCGUCGCCACGCUUCGCGUGGCGCUCGACGCGCUGGCAGGCACCUUUGGCACACGGCUGUCGUCGGCCAAGGCCACAUUCUGCGCACGAGUCCUUGCUGUCGCCUAUUUUUCCGUGCCCGGUGUGUGUGGCCACAUUGUGCUCGCCACCGACCCGCCACUGACAGACGCCGGGUCGCCCGAGACGGGCGCAUGCAACGCCAACGACGCCAGCGACUCCGAACGCUCGCCGUCGACGCCGCGGUGGGCCGGUGGUGCCGGCGACGACGAGGUCGUCGAAGACGCCGGCGAGGACCAUGACAAGGCAAGGUCUCGCAUCGAGCGCGAGACAAAAGCCCGCGAGGCCACCCACGCCGAGCUCGCCGACCUCUGUGUCUCGGACAAGAUGCUUUCGGCUCAGCUCGGCAUCGAGCUGCCGCCAGACCUUGUGGUCUAUCCGUACCUCUUUCGCGGCCUCCCGCAGUCGGCCUCGUCCGAGUUUGAGGUCGAUCCGGAUGCCCGCUGGCUCUCUGUCCUUGCCAAGCGGUGCAAGAUGUUCAUGCUCUUCAUUCGCGAGCUUGUGCUCCACGUCCGACGCGUGUUUCGGCUCUCCAGCGGCGGCGCGCAGUCUGUCGUACCGUGGAUGCUUGUGCCUGGUUUCCAGGCUCUCGUUGAGGCGCUCUGCUUUGAGGUCCGUGUCCGCAACGCAGCAAGCGGGCAUGACUCGGCGUUUAUCGAGGCCACGCAGUUUGUGCUCCUCAAUCCAUACCUGAUCUCGGUCCUUGUCCGCGACCUGCUCUCGAACAUCUCGCUGCACGACGUGGAGCAAGUCGGUGCCGGCCUCGAUCGGGUUGCGCGAUGGCUCGCCUUUGCUGGCCGGGUCCACUCGCGCGCCACGCUGUACAACACUUUUGAUCCCUCGUUCCUCAUCCAAGUUCUCGACCUGCUCCUGGGCGUCGAACGCUACUCACUCACCGCCAAGGCGCUCGCGUUCAUCUCGGACCACGAGACCGUGUUCCAGGGCGAGGCCCGCAUUGCACUCAUGGGCAACAUCCUCCUCCGCAAGUACUUCUUCCAUCUCUUUCUACACUGGUCGACUGCCGUCCGCAAGCUCUUCCACGCCGUUGUCAUCUACCACGUGGUUCCUAUCGAUGCCGCCGACGCCGUCGCGGCGUCGGUCCAUAUCUCCGACAAUGCCCCGCACUGGGAAGUGUAUCUCUCGUGCGAGACCAAUGUCGAGGGUCCCGAGCAGGCCGUAGACCUUGUUCUUGCCUCCAAACUCCACGGCUAUCUCACCAUGCUCCGCGACGCCGCCGUCCCGCCGCACCUCGCUGUGUACCUGCCCAAGGCGCUCGGCGAGUUUGACGAGGCCUUUAUGGCCUACCUGGAUUGGCGAUCGAUGUCACGCAAGGUUGCACCCGACGAACCCGGCCGCGCUCCGCCGGCCAUCUCCUUUGAUCUCACAGUCCAUCUGCCCAGGGACGGCUAUCAUGCCGCACUCGGCGCCGCAGCUCAAGAUGGAUAA